AUGCAAAGGCAACAAUCGAACAAUCCAGGUACCGACAAGGCUAUGGGUAAUUUACUCAUGAAUCAAUUAUUGAUUGGAAAUUCAAAGAAUAUAUUCGUAGUAAUUUUAACAAGCCUAUUGUCUGUCUACGUCACACAAUACACAACUAGAAAAAUUAAUUCAUUUAGAAAAUUGAUGAGAGAAAAUCCAUUGUUUUUAGUAUGGGGAAUGUUGAAUGUAUUGAGUGGAAAACCGUUUUUUAAUGAUCGGAAAUCAAUUCAGAACAAUAUUCAACCUGAAAAGAAGGAAGAGGAAUUAAAAAUUGAUGAAAAUGAAAUUGAUGAAGAUAUUUACUAUGUUAAAUUACAUCAACAGAGACAUAAAACGGAUAAUGCUCUCCCAUUGAAUUUGGAAAAUAUUGGAGGAAUGGCUGUAAAUGCUGCCAAUGUAUUUACUCGAGUGAAGAGAUAUAUUACAGCUGAAGAUAUUUUACAACAAAACAUGAUGAUGAAUCAACAACAAGCAUCACAAAAUAUGGAAUUUUCUGAUUAUUUUGUUGAUGGUUCUUCUGCUAAUAUUCCUAAUUUCUCUAAUAUUAAAAUGCCAAAUAUAGGAUCUAUGAACGUGCCACCCAAUGGCCAACAACAAUCAAUGAAUAGAAGACAUUCACCUCCAACAAAUAAUAAUCCGAAUAAUCAACAAUUGAUGGAUCCGAAUCAAAAACAUUAUAAAAUUGCUGAUCUUAAACCAAACAUGACCGAUUUUUCGAUUACUUGUAUUGUUCUAGACAAACAACAAACAAUCAAAACAAAGGAUAAUCAAUUUAUUACAUAUUUUGUUGUGGCUGAUGAUACAGCUUACAUUACAUUAACUUUAUGGAAUCACAAAGCCGAUUAUAUUGUAGGAGGUGAUAUUAUCAGAAUUAUUGGAGCUCAAACUCAAUUGUGGCAAAAGAAUUGUAUUAAUUUAACAACAUCAAGGAAUGCAAAUAUUUCAAGAGUUGGAGAAUAUUGCAUGGUAUUUAAUGAAUCUAAGAAUAUUUCUGCUAUUGAAUGGGAAGAAUCACCACCAGGAAGUAAAAAAAUCCAAAACAAUAAUUAUGAAUCUGGCUUCAUUUCUCCACCAACAGGUGAAGAUAUUCGUAGUGCUGACAAUGAGGAUUAUCCAACUCUUCCUGCUUCUCAACCACAUCAAGUACAAGCUAGUGCCGAUAGUGAUGAACCAGCUUUUAUUUUCUCUGUCAGUGAACCUGAAAAGAAGUCUACUGGUAAGACUUUUGAUUUGUCUUACUGGGUGUACAAGAUUACUAUUGACACCAAGCUUGAUCAAUACAAACAAGCUACUUUGAUUUGUCAUAGAAGAUAUAAUGACUUUGUUUGGUUCAGAGAAUUGUUAGUUUCUUCUUAUAGUGGAAUUAUUAUUCCUCCAUUGCCAGAAAAGAGUAUUUUGGCUUCAGUUGAAAAGAUUUUCUCUUCUGUAGAUACAAAUUCAUUGUUAGAAUAUAGACAACGUGCAUUGACCAAGUUCUUGACACGUGUUGGUGAACAUCCAGUUUUACAAACUUCAUCAGAAUUGCAACAAUUCCUCGAAGCAAAUGAAGAUGAAUUCAACCAAAUGAAAAAUGUUAAAACUAAAGCCAAAAGUGGUAGUUCUUUCUCCCUUUUCAAAUCAAAGGGUUCUACACCAGAACCAGAAUGGAUUACCUCUCACAAGAAGUUUAUUGAAAAGUUGGACAGUUCAUUAAAGGAACUUAGACAAAGAUUGCAAGUCAUGAUUACAAAGAGAAAGGAAAUGGCAACUGGUUUUAUGGAAUAUGGUAAAUCAUUUGCUCUUGUUGGUACUAUUGAAAAGGAAUAUGACCAAUCUAAUACUUUGGCUAAGAAUCUUUUAUCAGUUGGUCAAUCAGCUGAACAAAUUAGCAAAGUUACCGAUGACCAAGCUCAAAAGGAAACUAUGCAAGUUAUUGAAACCUUAACUUAUUAUUUGGGUAUGUGUGAUUCUAUUAGACAUACUGCUUCCCAAGUUGAAGAAGCUAGAAAUGAAAAGGAUAGUGCUCAAUCUCACUUGGCUUCAUUGCAAGCUCAAAAGGAAAAGCCAAAUUUGAAGGAAGAUAAGAGACAAAUUUUGGAAACUCAAAUUGAAGAAGGUCAACUAAGAGUUGUUCAAAAGACUGACAGACUUAAUGAAUCUGAACAAUCAUUCAAGAGUGAUUUGGAACGUUUCGAUUUAGAAAGAAAGAUUGAUUUCAGUUGCAUGUUGCAAAGUUUCCUUAAUUUACAAAUCGAAUACAACCAAAAGUUACACGAACAAUGGUCCCAACUCAUACCACAAGUUAAUGCUUCAAUUUAUGAAGAGUAAUUGUAUCAUCAUUUUUAAAAUAAAUCUAAUUUAUUAAUUGACC